AUGGAAAAUGGUUCCCCCCCUAAGCCCGAUGGCUCAUUUGAUCUUGAUGAGAUCAGGAACAGUUCAGAUGGAUCCAUGACUGGAAUGGCUAAGAGACUUUUCCAUCAGGUGAUGCAAGGAAACCCAUAUUUCGCCGCUGGUGGUGGACUUAUGAUCCUGGGGUCUGGUCUCGCUCUGGCCCGUUCUGGUAUUAUAAGAGGCAGCAGACUGCUUUACCGCCAGCUUCUUGUGGAUUUAGAGAUUCCUUCAAAGGAUAAGUCGUAUCUUUGGUUUCUAGAGUGGAUGUCGAAACAUCCAAAUAGGUCAUCUCGCCAUCUCUCGGUAGAAACGAAUUUCAUACAGCACGACAAUGGUGCCGUCACGACCAAAUUUUCUUUAGUACCGGGGCCAGGAAAUCAUAUCAUUCGAUACAAGGGCGCUUUUAUGUUGAUUAAGCGUGAGAGAUCAGGCAAAAUGAUAGAUAUGACUAGCGGCACACCGUUCGAAACUGUGACGCUGACGACACUUUAUAGAGAUCGACACUUAUUUGGAGAUAUGCUUCUUGAGGCGAAAAAUCUUGCUGUAAAGGCGAAAGACGGUAAGACCGUUGUUUUCACCUCGUGGGGACCAGAAUGGAGACCAUUUGGCCAGCCUAAGGCCAAGAGAUCCCUUCCUUCCGUCAUUCUGGAUAAAGACAUCAAGCAAAACAUACUGAAAGACGUUCAAGAAUUCAUGAACAACGGGAAAUGGUAUUUUGAGAGAGGCAUUCCAUAUAGACGCGGCUAUCUGUUGUAUGGGCCACCGGGGAGCGGUAAGACCAGUUUCAUCCAGGCUCUUGCGGGUGAGCUCGAUUACAACAUAUGUAUCAUGAAUCUGUCUGAAGCCAAUUUGACUGAUGAUCGCCUCAAUCAUCUCAUGAAUAAUAUUCCAGAACGCAGCAUUUUACUUUUGGAAGAUAUUGACGCCGCCUUCAAUCAAAGGAAACAGUCUGCCGAAAAAGGAUUCCAAUCGGGCGUGACCUUCAGUGGACUUUUAAAUGCUUUGGAUGGCGUUGCAUCCUCAGAGGAAACGAUAACGUUUAUGACGACCAACCAUCCUGACAGACUCGAUCCGGCUAUUCUAAGACCUGGCAGAGUUGAUUACAAGGCUUUCAUUGGCAACGCUACGCGUUAUCAAAUUUACCAAAUGUUCUUGAAAUUUUACCCUGGCGAAAUAGAGCACGGUGAAGAGUUCUGCCGCAAGGCUAUGGCUCUUGGUGUCCCUAUUAGCACAGCACAACUGCAGGGCCUAUUCGUAUUCUGCAAAGAUGCACCAGAGGCCGCGAUCGAGAUGGUCCCUACACUCGCAUCUCCUGAUCAUGUGUUUCAUUAA